UGGCUUGGGGCGGAGUCCGCGGGUAGAGGAUGGGAGUUUAAGGCCCGGGAUUGCUGGAGGGCAGGCGGACACAGUCUAGGGGCGGCACGGUGUCGACUUGCAACCCAGCUGAGAGGAGAGGCGCCACCUGGGAGGGACCCCACCUUGUAACACCGCCGUGGUUGUUUGUCCUUUAUUCGUCUUGGGUUGCCAUUCGCUUCGCCGAGUGUGACACGGAUACGCCCCUAGCAUCCCCAAAUAUCCACACACAAAGUCCGGAAGGAAGAGCAUUGAGGCUCUCAGUGGAAACUUCAUUCUCACCGGAGUUACUUUCUGGGGCGUCACCUGCCACAGGAUUCCUGGAACCCAUUGGCCUGGGCGGAAUCUGAGCCGGUGGAAUCUGAGCUGACGUCAUCCAGGGGCUUAAAGCAAUUGCUUUGUUGGAAAAGAAUAGAUUAGCUUGGAUUUGUCUUCCUCUGUUGGCAGCUGCCUAGCCUUUAGUGAGCUCCUUUUCUCUGAUCCUGGGGAAAUUGGGCUAGACACAAAAUACAUAGGGAAUUUGUUAAAACCUGUUAAGGAGUGGAUUUAUUCCUUUGGGGUGGGCAGAGGAAGGUUAGGUGACCUCACACUAUUCAAGUUUACUUACUGAUUGAGCAAUCUGCUGGUGGGGGCUCAUCUCAUACGUACGUGACAAGCCACCAAAGGAAUUCAGUAUUUCAUACAGCACCUGCCCUGGGCCUUCCUCGGACAUUCCUCCCAGGGACCUACCUAAAUCUUUUCGGGGACAAUUUCAGUCUAACAAACUGACAAAUACUUUUAAAUGUGCAUAGCAUUGUGCUAAGCACUGUUUGGAGAGUGGAGCAGUAAACGUGGGAAAACCAGUGCACUUCUGGGUUACACUUAAAAGAGAUAACGAGGUAAACUUCUGCAAGUUGUGAUGAUGAAAUGAGGUCAUUUCGCUUUUUUUUUAAUUUCAUUACCAGCACUGCAGUCCAAGCCUUUAUCAUCUCUUACCUAGACUACUGCUUCCUCCAGUCUUCCCACUUGGUCUCUUGCACCCUUGCGGUCCAUUCUCUACACAGUAGCCAGAGUGAUCUCAGAUCAUAUCACUCCCCUGCUCUAAACCCUACAAUCGAUUCCCAUUGCAAUUAGUAUAAAAUCCAAACUCUUCCAAUAUGAUCCGGCCCCUGCCUUCCCUGAGUUUACAUCCAGCCAACUUCCCCCUUCUUUCUAUGCACCAGCCAUCUUGGCCUUAUUUCUGUUCCUAAAAUUUGUGUCUGAGGAACUUUGCACUUACUCUUCCAUCUGUCUGGAAUGCUCUUAGAGCUCAGCUGGAAAGUCACCUUCCCAAAGAGGCUUUCCCUGGCUCCCCAUCUAAAAUAGUACCUCUUCCUAGUCACUCUCUGUUUUAUUAUCUUUAUUAUUACAUUUCUCACCUUCUGGAAUUGCCUGCUUAUUUAUUCAUUUUCUUGUUUGUUGUCUUCCCACGAGAAUGUAAGCUCCACGAGGCUGACUUGUUUGUUCUCUUCUGUAUCCCCAGUACCUGGCACAAAGCAGGGGCAUGAUAAAUGCUAACGCUUAUUGUUUUUUUUCUUGUUAACUGACAUUAUCAUGCUUCUUUGAACUCCUUGAAGUCAAGGACAAUAUCUUUUCAUCUCUUUAUCCCUCCUGCUUAACUUGGUAGGUACGCAAUAUUGUUUUAUUGCCAAAUGAAUUAAAUGAGCUGAUAUAUAUUAAAUGCCUAGAAUAGUACCUGGAACAUAAUAAACAUGCAAAGAAUGUUUGCUUUUUGUUUUCAUUCAGUGAAUGAAUUUUAGUGAUUCUUUAGAAAGCCAAAACACAUAUAGAAUUAGAUCAUAAGGGGUGAUCUGGCUUUGCCCUCCUCUGCUUUGCUUGCUUCUCCCUCCUGUGAACUCCCGUCAGUGUUUCAGUUUCCAAAUCACCUAAUUGUUUUUAAAUUUAUCAUCUGGUCUUUUUUGGCCCUUUCUCCCCAUUCUUGUUGGGCAGGAAGAGAGAAGGAGAUAAGGCUGGACCUGUUCUCAGGAAAAAGAAGCAAAAAUAGCCAUCCUGUAGUUGUUCUAUCCUGAAAAAUGGUGACAAUUUCAGGAACUUGGGAUAGGGCUGAUGCCAAAAAAGGUGAAGGUCAGGAAACCUUGGGGGAGCUAGGGUAACCUCUGCCAGGAAUACUGGCCGGCUUACUCCAGCCUGGCUCAAUCCAUGUUCUCCUGAAGCUGCUGUUACUUGCCUUCCUGAAACCAGACUCUGGGUGGUGCUCAAAGGAAGCACUGGUGCAGGCUGCUCCUGAGCCUAGAAUCGUUAGGAAGGAAGUGUAUCCUGUCCCUCAGACUCCUGGGAAACUCCUAGGCUGGCUGGAUUCCCAGUAGGUUUGGCCGGAAAUCUUGGAUCCUGGGAACACUGAGAAGAAAACAACUGGAAUCUGACUGGUGGAUCCCCAGGCGCUGAGAGUGUGAGGCUCUGGCCUCCACUGGCCACUCACUCGUGACCCUUCCACCACGGCGGGGCCUUCCAAGCCAACCUCCUGCCGUGUGGUGAUCUACCUGCAGCGGGAGAUGUCGGGGGAUACCUGUCUGUGCCCAGCGUCAGGGGCCAAGCCCAAGCUAAGCGGCUUCAAGGGAGGAGGCUUGGGCAACAAAUACGUCCAGCUCAAUGUGGGUGGUUCCCUGUACUACACCACCGUGCGGGCGCUAACCCGGCAUGACACCAUGCUCAAGGCCAUGUUCAGUGGGCGCAUGGAGGUGCUGACCGACAAAGAAGGCUGGAUCCUCAUAGACCGAUGUGGAAAGCACUUUGGCACCAUUUUGAAUUACCUCCGAGAUGACACCAUCAUCCUCCCUCAAAACCGGCAAGAAAUCAAGGAACUGAUGGCUGAAGCAAAAUAUUACCUCAUUCAGGGACUGGUGAACAUGUGCCAGACUGCCCUGCAGGACAAGAAGGACUCCUACCAGCCUGUGUGCAACGUCCCUGUCAUCACAUCCCUGAAGGAAGAGGAGAGGCUCAUCGAAUCCUCCACCAAGCCCGUGGUGAAGCUGCUAUACAACAGAAGCAACAACAAGUAUUCCUACACCAGCAACUCCGAUGACCACCUGCUGAAAAACAUCGAGCUGUUCGACAAGCUCUCCCUGCGCUUCAACGGCCGUGUGCUCUUCAUCAAGGAUGUCAUCGGCGACGAGAUCUGCUGCUGGUCGUUCUACGGGCAGGGUCGGAAGCUGGCAGAGGUGUGCUGCACGUCCAUCGUGUACGCCACCGAGAAGAAGCAGACCAAGGUGGAAUUCCCAGAGGCCCGAAUCUAUGAGGAGACACUCAACGUUCUACUCUACGAGACCCCCCGAGUCCCUGACAACUCCCUAUUGGAGGCCACAAGUCGGAACCGCAGCCAGGCGUCCCCCAGUGAAGACGAGGAAACCUUUGAACUGCGGGACCGUGUCCGCCGCAUCCACGUCAAGCGCUAUAGCACUUAUGAUGACCGGCAGCUCGGCCACCAGUCUGCCCAUCGUGACUGACAAGACCCUCCCGGAGUCAGGGCACGAGAUACCCUGUCUCCUCUCUUGUGGAACCCCGCCCCAUUGGCCACCCCACGCUGCUGCUGGCUUGGGUCUCUGCUCUAGCACCCAGAGGCAUGACAGGCCCUGCCUGGGAGGUCAGAGGGCCUGAGCAGGGGAGGGACUGCGUUUCUUUUCCUAGCUCCCUGAGCACUUCAGGAUGACUGAGUCCCAGCCCCUUUGCUCAGCAUCUCCCUUUCUGCCACAGGGAGCCACUGCUGCCCCUGGGCUGAAUGGACUGACCUGCCCACCCCCCUGCCAAGAGCAUUCCCCGUGGCCCUUGGCUGAGCACCCCUUUGCUCUGCUGAAGGGCUACUUUAGGCCUCAGGGGAGGCCCAUGGGGAAUGGGUUCACUCUGUGGGGAAGGUGGCUUCUGGUGCUGUGGAGGCCCAAUUUCUUACCGAAGGUGGGGCUUCUUUUUUCCUAAGGUGUUUAAGCACAGGCUUAAUGAGUUUGGUUUUUAAAAAAUAAUCUAGGAAAUGACUAGUUUUAAGUCUAAUAAUGAGGAGACUGGGUAUUUCUGCUCCAGGGUUCCAAGACCCUGGGUAAAACAGAACCCUCGGCCCUUUUGAUGCCUUUGGGAUCUGUUUCUGUAAAGCACUUUGUACUUUUAUUCAGGAGAUUUGUAUUCUGCCCUGACCCACGUCAUCCUUCUCUGAUCCUAACCCCCUUUUCCCUGUAGAAUCAAUCUGAGGGAGGGGAAAGAAGCAAUAAAAAAAAAAACUGACCAUCUUUGGCUUUGCCAAACUGGCCAAGCAGCUGGCCCAGAGAGCACUGAGGGGGUAAGGAUGUGUGAGUUAGGACCUAUGGUCCUCAUAACACCCCUGUAAGAAAGGAUACUUUGCCCCUACAUCUUAGGGUCACGUACUGACUUCUAGAGUCUUCCAUGAUUGGUCUUUGAUUCUCUUGCCCUUGGCUCCAAGGCAUGCUGUCCUCACUCACUCUAAACCCAAAGAGCCAUCAUGCGGGCCGGGAGCUGCUUGCAGCCAGGAGCAUGAGCUGCAGCAGGAAGGCUGCGGAGCCCGUGGGCACCACACCUGCCUGCCAUCAGCUGAGGACAGCAAGCGCAGAGCCCCACGUUCCUGGAGGCCCUGUGCAGAGGCGGCUGUGCUUGGCCAUACAUCUCCCUGCCCUGCAUCCAUGCUAUUGGUUUUGUGUCCUGGCUGCGGAAUGGUGGUUCUGCCCAGUGGUGAGUCCCUGAACACAGGAUAAUGUGAGUAGCCUAAGAGCCUUGAAAGGUUUCUUCAUUUUUCUUGUUGGGUACUUGGCUGUGGAGAUGCAAGCACUGGCUCUUGGGCAAGGGUGCAGGUUCCUCUUCAGGGCUUUGGUAUUCAUUCCCUUCUGCUUGGCUUGGCCCUUAGGAGGCUGCUUAUCCAAAUUCUUUUCCAAAAGAAUGCCGCCAGUGAGGGAGCUGUUCAGCCAGCCUAACAAAGCAGCAUAGCACUUGGCAGUACCCACUCCGUCAGGAAGGGACAUAGCUUACCAAGUUCAUGUCUCUUUACUCUUACUAUAGCUAGGUGGCUCUUCACGGCUGACCCAUGAGCCUAUGGGCAAAUGACAGGCCAGGGUUAGCAGACACUCACAAGGACCUGAAAUGACAUGGUGGGGCAGGGGAAAGGUGACUUUAAUUAAGCGUUUUUCACUUGUCGCUGUCUUGAAUGUAUAAAGACUUCAGGUGAGGCACCUUGGUGAUCAGCUAAAAACGGUUCUUCCAGCCUUCACUGGAGUAACAAGAUGAAGACAAAUCCAUUUCUUUGACCGGAUUCUGGCUUUGGCUUUGUGGCUUUCCCACAGCGACUGGAAUGCUUCUGCUUGAGGGCCCUGGUCUGUUUCCUCAGCUGCCUUCCUGAAGCCCUUUAAUACUCAAAGUCCCAGCUCCCUACUGAGGCAUUUUAAUGCUUGUCCUUUGACCUCCCCAGCCCCUGUAGCCUCUCUUUACUGCUUUGACAUUCAGAUCCUCAGCUGUCUCAGUGGUGAGUAGUCUUUCUGGGACUCUGGGCACUUAUGUUGUCCAAUUGAAAAUAUCUCUUUGGUCUUUAAAUAUUGAAUACUAACAUUGAACUCACUGAAGUAAUCUUAGCUUUUAAAAUCAGACUGUGGUGUAAGGGUUUGGGGUAUUUUCUUUGAGUUUCCCAGCCCCACUUAGAAAGCAGCUCUUGGCUGUGUGAAUUUUUCAACUCUGAGCAGCCCAGGGGAAUGUAAACAAAAAGUGUGGAUGAAGGUCAAACCUUCUUGUCAGUUUCUGAGACAACUGGAAGCCUGCUGUUAACUACAUGGACCAGGAUUAGGUUCUAAUCACUCUGUUACCUGACCAAGUUCUGCUUAAAGGAUGGCACAGGUCCUGACAUGACAGAACUCCUUUAUCAUGUAACUACAAUUCUUUGUUGCUCAACAUAGGUGAUGGAAAAAAACACUAAUUUCUAAUAAAAUUGUGUUACACUUCA